AUGAACAAAGAAGCAUUGCUCUCCGUCACUGAGCGCGACUUCAUCCUCAAUGCGCUGCGCGAGGAUGUACGACUGGACGGUCGCGGUUUCGACCAGCUACGUCCGCUGAAUGUGUCAUUCGGGGAGGAGUAUGGACAUGUGAAGGUGCAGCUCGGCAAAACCAGCCUCAUUGUCCGUAUCUCAGCUGAAGUCACAAAACCUCACGAUGAUCGUCCGUUCGACGGUCUUUUCACAAUCGCCAUGGAGCUGACUGCCAUGGGCUCCCCCGCUUGGGACAAUGGCCGACAAGGAGACUUUGAAACAUAUGUCACCAAUGUCCUCGACCGUGUCGUUCGCCAUUCCAACGCCCUGGACACCGAGUCCCUCUGUAUCCUCAAGGGUGUCAGCUGCUGGAGCAUCCGCGCGGACGUCCACGUUACCGAUUACGAUGGCAAUCUGAUUGAUGCGGCUUGUAUUGGUAUCAUGGCUGGAUUGCAGCAUUUCCGCCGUCAAGACGCUGUAGUCAAGGAUGGCCAGGUGAUUGUGUACAGACUCGAUGAACGAGUUCCUGUCGCAUUGAACAUUACACAUAAGCCGCUGUCUGUUACUUUCCACACAUUCGAUGAAGGAAAACGGGUCAUCAUUGAUGCAACUCGGAAGGAGGAGCAAGCAGCGGAAGCUGACGUCGUGAUUGGCAUCAACAACGCUGGUGAUGUGUGCUUCGUCUCCAAGUUCUCCGGAUCGCCAGUGGACGCGAUGGUCUUUGUGGAUAAGACUUCCGUUGCCCUGGAGAAGGUCAAGGAGAUCAAUGCAAUCAUUGAUAAGGCGUUACAAGCCGAUCUCUCGAAACGAGCGAAGAUUGGCAUGGCUGAGGAGUCGCGGGCGGAAAACGAUCGGUGA